AGAGAGAGAGAGAGAAAGCCCUCCCAGGAUGAUCACGUUCGAGUCCCAGGUCCCCCCCGCCAACAUGGACCCCGAGCCCCUCUCCUCCUUGGACACCAUCGACUUCGAGGCCCCCAACUUCAGCCUCAUCAACCUGGUGGCGCUGCAGGAGAACCACACCAGCUUCGCCCACAACCUCUCCCACAUCCUCACCCUCAUCGAGAAGUUCGAGAAGAACCGCCGCGUCAGCUACACCGCCUUCUGCACCCUCAUCUUCGUCUACAGCGUCCUCAUCGUGCUCGGAGCCACGGGGAACUCCCUCGUGGUCAUGGCCGUCAUCCGGAAGCCGGCCAUGCGAACGGCCCGCAACGUGUUCAUCAUCAACCUGGCCAUCUCGGACCUCCUGCUGUGCCUGGUGACCAUGCCCCUCACCCUCAUGGAGCUCCUGACGCAGUACUGGCCCCUCGGGGACACGCCCUUCGCCUGCAAGCUCGUGGGGACGCUGCAGGCGACGUCGAUAUUCGUGUCGACCAUCUCCAUCACGGCGAUCGCACUCGACCGAUACCACUAUAUAAGAUAUCCCUUGGUCCUCUCCCACGACGGUCAUGUUUCUAAAUUUGUGUUAAUUCUAAUUCUUUUCAUGUUUCUGUACCAAUAUAUUGGUACAGACAUCUUUAACUCCCGACCAGCUUCAACAGAACCUACCAGUACCUUAGUGCCUUACCCACCUACCAAAAUCCUUGGGUACAUGUGUGUCCCUAACAAUUUCUUCAUGAUUGAUUAUAUUUUCUUUAUAGACAAGGUCCUUGGUUCCUGGCCCUCGUCUAUAAGAAAGGAACCUCCCAGGAUCUCCACCCUCUUCCCCCCUACUCCCGUGAUCCUUGGGAGAAUCACUUUCGUCUCGCCCUCACAGCCCCCUGCUCCUCGCCUAGCACAACACGUCUACAUUAAACACGACGCGUGGCCCUCU